GCCAAACCGCUGCUCAUUGCCGAAGGGAGCACACUCCGAAAAGGCGGGAAAAAUCCCGGCAAUGUGCGAUGGCAGAUGGCGCUAGCUCGCGCCUACUCUGAUCGCCCGUCGUCGUCGUCUUGUGCACUACUGGAACAAACGCAAAAGCAUCGGCAUCGCCGUCGACUUUUUGACUGCUCAAGGAAUCACCGCCCGUACACGCUCGACUCGAGACGAAAUAAAAACGGACAGCCUAAUCAUAACGUAACGGCGAAUCGAACGGGCCACAUCGUUGUUGGUCGGGACGCGGGAAGGUUCCUUGCUCUUCCGUCACGGGGAUCGAGUUGUGGUUUUUCGGGUCCUUUUGCCAAAUCCAGAGUGCGUUUGACGCGUGGUCCGUUGGAAGAGUUCUUUUUUUUUCUAGGAUAGGAUUCCAAGCGGAAUUGUGUGGUCUGGUGCGGUGCGAGUGCGUGCGAUUGGGAGCUCCCGGUUCCUCUUCACGUGGUUUUGGGGUUCGGGCUCGGAGGAGUUGAUUGACAAGCGGUUGGUUGCUCGGUGAUCCAGAAAACGAUUGGUGAAACAAUUUGAUCUAGUUGGAAUGUGAGUUGUGAUAAGUUAGGUUGAGAUUUAAUGGUAUACUUGUAGAAGGUGUACGCCUUCUUCAAAAUGACAUUCAUCGCAAAGCGUUUCGCAGCAAUGAAUUUGAAUAACGAACGAAUGUAAUGCAAUUCCAAUGAACCACCAUCAUCUCUAACGGAAGCCGCAUUGUAACGAGUUGAACCCGAAAGGAAGAUACUUAAUUGGAAGAAUACAGGGACAUACACCAGUUGAGAAGUGCACUUGGUCGUGCUCGUACAGAAAUGAUUCUUCUACUGCUAUUGAUUGGCUCGUUGCCGGGACCAUUAAUCACGUUCGUCGCGGGUUAUUCGGUAAAAGCCGGCCACGUGCAGCAACACAACACCCUCGAGAACGGACUGCUGAUUGCAGCCAACGUUUCUGUCGGGCAUUUACGGAAGCACAAAUAUUUCUAUUACAUUCCACGAAUCAGUAAUUCACCUCACAACCGCAAACAGCGUAACUCCUCAACUUACGCCAAGGCCGACUACGAUGCCGACAAUCAGCGCAGCAGCCGACCUUUGCCCCUGGAGCCCCGUCGACUGCGUCAUAUCUCCAUACCAACCGGAGGCCUACUAGAUCAAGCGCCGCAACCGCAACCACCCCCUCCACCAUCAUCACCGCAGAUUGAACACCCGCAACAGCAGAAAUUCCAACGCUACUACAUCUACAACAUGGCUCCGCGACGGCGAAACCUUCCACCGUCGGCGGAAAUCGAUGGCUAUAUGGCCGACAAAGAGCAACUCUUCAAAACGGGUACACGGCCGUCAUCGUCGGCGACGCAGCUGGCCAACGGCUCACUCAACGACGACCGCUUCGAGGACGCCAUGCUGCGAAAGGUUCGGAAACGAUCGGCCGCCGAUGACAUGCUCAGCAAGAAUAUUACUCUGAUUUUGGAAAACCUACUGAAGAGUUACGAGAACUCUCAGAUGCCGACGCACGGUCAAGGCAUACCCACGAUUGUCAAAACAAACAUUCUGAUACGUAGUAUGGGACCUGUGUCUGAACUCGAUAUGGACUACUCGAUGGAUUGCUACUUCCGGCAGUACUGGCGCGACAAACGGCUCAGCUUCCACGGCCCGAUCAAAAGCCUCUCCCUCAGCAUCAAAAUGCUGGAGCGUAUCUGGCGCCCGGACACGUACUUCUACAACGGGAAGCACUCGCACGUCCACACCAUCACCGUACCGAACAAACUGCUCCGUCUGAGUCAGGACGGCGAAAUCCUCUACUCCAUGCGCCUGACCAUCAAGGCGUCCUGUCUGAUGCAGCUACGCAGCUUCCCCAUGGAUCGCCAGUCGUGUCCCCUUGUCCUCGGCAGCUACGCCUACUCCCGUCAGCAACUCAUCUACCAGUGGAAGGACGACGACUCGGUCAACUUCGUGCCCGGCAUGACCCUCUCGCAGUUCGACCUGAUGAGCUUCCACCAGAAGAACUACACCUUCGCCCGGCGGGAAGGCGAGUUCUCCGUGCUGCAUGUGUCGUUCAACCUGCAGCGGCACACCGGCUACUUCCUGAUCCAGGUGUACGUGCCGUGCAUUCUGAUCGUGGUUCUGUCCUGGGUCUCGUUCUGGAUCCAUCGAGAGGCGACCAGCGAUCGGGUUGGGCUGGGGAUCACAACCGUGCUGACUCUGUCGACGAUCAGUUUGGACUCGCGGACGGAUCUGCCAAAGGUGCGGUACGCCACCGCGCUGGAUUGGUUUCUACUGAUGAACUUUAUCUACUGUAUUGCCACGUUGCUGGAGUUUGCCGGGGUGCACUACUUCACGAAGGUCGGCAGUGGCGAGAUCCCGCUGGACGAAGACGAAUGGGAGGACAUCGACAACGUGGUGGAGAUCGGGUUGAACAUCAUCGGCAGCGGGGGAAGCAACAGCGGAGCUGGCGGCGCUGGCGUCGGUGGAGGCAUGAUUCGAUCGCGGACUGCCUCGAUCCACGACUCGCCGCAACGGUUGAUGGCGGCCCGGAGGCGCAGUUCGUUGAUCUGUCCGAUCUACAACGAUCCGCAGCACAUGUUCAAGGCGACCACGUCGCAUCUGUCGACGAUGGAGCGGACGACGCAGACCGAGCCGCCGAAGGAACCACGCUGGAAGCAGCUGUGGUUGUGCUUCUUGGGAGAUGAUCAGUUUCGCAGGAGGAGGCAGCGGGAGGCUACCGGAAGGGGAGGCGCCAGCCGUCACGUCAACAGUGUAUCGCUGAUCGACCAGGCCGCCCGGGUGCUCUUUCCGGCGUCGUUCACCUUCUUCAACGUGAUGUACUGGUUGUGCUACUACACCUACCAGGCCGAUUUCACCUGGGCUCCCCUGAAGGAGGUCUAAAAGCUAAAUAGCUUCGUUGACGAUUUGAGAGAAACCGAAGUGUUGCAAACGAAUUAGCCAAUUUGACAAUUAUUCACCAAUCUAGGUCUGAGCAAUCACCGGGUCUGAGAACUGUCAUAAAACCAAAUUGUUUUGGUUUAGGUUUUAUGGUGGCUUCUAUGAGCUCCUCAAAUCCGUUUAACUCCAGAAAAACACACGUGUAUUACAGGGAUUUCUUUCCUCAUCGAGAACCACCGCGCCAAUCCUAGUCAAGUCCUGAUUUAAUUCCUUAGAACGGUUCUCAGAUUUUACAUUAUAUAAAAUAAAUAAAGCACAAAUACACAAACGGUUGUUGCAUGCUGUUACGGUAGUGCAGGCCUGUAAUAUUAGGUCUAAGUAGUCGACUGUGUGUUGUCUUGUUCUUGCUUCUCACUAAUUCAGCAUCAUCUUCUAAGAAUUGUUGUUCUUCGAAAGCCUUUGCGACGCGACGCG